AUGGCAGACGCUAUUGUUACUGACCUCCUACAGUACUUGUCCAAGGUACUCACACAAGAAUCAAUUUUGUACGACGAUGCAUUGGAGGAGGAAGUCAACUCAAUCCAUAGCGAACUCAUACUGAUAAAUAUCUUCCUGAAGAACUCCGAGGAGAAACGGAACGAGCAUGAAAUAGUGAAGGAGUUGGUUAGGAAAAUUCGGGACGUUGCUUACAAGGCUCGGAGAGAUAUCGAUGCAGUCAUCCAGGACAUCGCAAUACCGAGGUCCGAGCACAGAAUGAUACUUCACAAUGUUGAAGGGGAUAUGGAAGACCUCAACAUAGAAAUCAACGAAAUCUACGACAAUAUAGAAAAGUACGGCAUUGAAAGUGGUGAAGCUAGUGCAGAUGCAACGAUGGAGGCACAGUACGAACGCGACGUAGUGGGCUUCGAUGAUCACUCAACUACAUUGGUGAGUCAGCUUACCGAAGGGAAUCUAAAGCUUGAUGUUGUUUCAAUCAUCGGCAUGGGUGGGUCUGGGAAGACCACUCUUGCCAGGAAAAUCUACAAUGAUAGCGUCAUUAAAAGUCACUUUAAUUGCCGUGCGUGGGUGUAUAUAUCUCAAAAUUUCCGAACCAGAGAAUUGUUUCUUAAAAUUUUAAAAUCUGAGAUGCCAAAAUCAGAUGAGUUGACAAGGAAGAAGCUGUUCAAAUACUUGAGUGAGGAUGAACUAAAAAAGAAGCUAUUCAAUUGCUUGCAAGGGAGGAGGUACCUGAUAGUCUUGGAUGAUUUUCGGAGAGCUGAAUACUGGAAUGGGCUAAGAUCGGCUUUUCCUGAUGAGUCGAACGGAAGCAGAAUAUUGAUCACCAGCCGCAUAAAAGAAAUAGCUUUACAUGCAAGCCUUACUCCUUACUUUCUCGGGUUUCUUAGCAAAGAUCAAAGUUGGAAACUCUUUAGUAAGAAGGUGUUUCGAGGAGGAAAAUGUCCUUUCAAGUUGGAAACUCUGGGGAGAAAAAUUGCAGAAGAAUGUUGUGGCUUACCACUUUCCAUCGUGGUAUUAGGAGGCCUUUUUGCAGGCAUAGAGAAGACACACCUAGCAUGGUCCAGAUUGAUCCGCAGUGUAAAUUGGCAACUUAAUGAGGCUGAUACAAUAUGCAAAGACAUACUCGCCUUGACCUACACUUUUCUGCCCUGGCGCUUGAAAAAAUGCUUUUUGUAUUUUGGUGUAUACCCAGAAGGCUUUGAGAUCCCAGUAAGGCAAUUGAUGCACCUGUCGAUAACAAAGGAUUUCAUACAAGACACUUUCCAUGGAUUACGGGUGGAUGUUGCUGAAAUAUACUUGAAAGAGCUCAUAAAUCGAAGUUUGAUCCAAGUGGCUAGCAGGAGGACAGAUGGAGGAUUAAAGACAUGUCGUAUCCAUGCUCUUCUGCGAGACCUCUGCAUAUCAGAGAGCUCAAAAGUGAAGUUUCUUGAGGUUAGUACAGAUGUUAAUCUUCUAUCCGUGAACAAAUCCUACAGACUUUCCAUCCAGGGUAGCCUGGACUCAUAUAUUUCUUCAAAUUCCUCCCACCCUUCCCGCUCUUUGUUUUUUCAUGGCCUAGAUACAUACGACUUUAACCCAAACCACUGGAACUGGGUCCUGAAAAACUUCAAGUGGCUUGAAAGCCUUCAUUUUGGGUGUGUAAAUCUCUACUCGAUUCCCACAAGGAUAGAAGAUUUGAUCCAUUUGAGGUACUUGGGUAUAGAAUCUGAUGCACUGAAAGUUGUCCCAGCUUCCAUUGGCAACCUUAUAAAUCUAGAAACACUUGAUUUUAGAGGUACUUUUCUGAAUUAUUUGCCAGAAGGGAUAUGGAAGUUGCGAUAUUUAAGAAAUUUGUAUGUCUCCGGGCCGGUAAGUUUACCUAACCAUUUAGACCCACUGGAAAACCUUUGUGUCCUCUCCACUGUAUCACUUAACCAACAAACUGCCUCACGUGGGAUCCCUAAUCUAACGAAAUUAGGAAUAUGGUUUGCGUCCGACGAGAACAACAGUGAAGUAGUAGAUGUUCUGAAAUGCCUAAACGAUUUGAUUUAUCUUCAAACAUUGAAAAUUAUAAAUUGCUCAGAACGUCCUAGUCUGCCAAUUUCAUUUCCACCGGCAAUCACCAAGAUAACACUACGACAUGUGCGCAUAAAAGUCCGUCGAGACAUGAAAGUGCUGGGAAAACUUCUCAAUCUUAAGAUACUGAAACUGCAGAGUUGUUUGCUUUCUAGUCAGUUGUACGUCUUUGCAGGUUCAUUUCCUCGACUCCAAGUCCUUAAAUUGGAGAAUUUGCCAAUUAGAAAAUGGAAACAGAGAAGAGGCGCAAUGCCAUGCCUCAAGCAUCUAGUUAUUAAAAGAUGCAUCGAGUUGAUCAUGCUCCCUUCGCGACUACAGAGUUUGGCUGUUUUGCAAAAUGUACAAGUAUUAUGGAGCACCUCAGAAUCUGCAUUGAUGCUUCAGAAAUUACAGAUGAACGUUGGAUUCCAGCUAUUGAUCUAUCCUCCCCCUUACAACGAUUCAAACAUCAAACUUUCCAAAGAGAUGGUUGGCCGGAAAGACGAAGGUUUAUGAUGACGGGCGCGCAAAGGCUCGCGAUUUCAACAACCAGUUGGAGAACUUGAAGUUGGAGUUUCCCUAGCGGCCGAAUUCCAUUGUGAGGUACGAGGAUGUGAUGAACAAGUGCAACGUAUCAAAAAAGGAUGUGAUCAACUGGGGGGUUGCAAUUUUAAUUUUUCUGGUGGCAUGCUUUUUCUAUUUGUUAUAAGUAUUUCGGGGUGGAAAAACUUAUUGUAAUACCCAAUAAAUUUAUUUUCAU